GAGGGGAGGGGGGAGACGUCUGCCUUCCACUGAAGUGCCAUCCUCGCAGGCAGAGGAGCGUCAUUCAGCAGGAAAACAUGACGCAGGGCAAGCUUUCUGUGAAUAACAAGCCUGCAAACUCUGAGGGGCAACAAGGAGAUGCAGAAAAAAAGGACAAUGCAACCGUCCCAUCAGCACCUCCGACCUAUGAAGAGGCAACGUCAGCCGAAGGGAUGAAAGCAGGGGCGUUCCCUUCCCCUCUGAGUGUUCCGCUCCACCCCACCUGGGCAUAUGUGGAUCCCAGUACCAGCCCUAACUAUGGCAGCGGAUAUUCAGGAGAUACUGAGACGCUCACAACGUUCAGCUGGGAUGACCGCAAUGUACGCAGGGUGUUCAUCAGGAAGGUUUACAGCAUCCUUGUGCUUCAGCUGCUUGUUACAGUCAGCAUUGUGGGUCUCUUCACCUUCUGUGAACCAAUCAAAGGAUAUGUCCAAGCAAAUCCAGCCUGGUACUGGGCUUCCUAUGCGGUUUUCUUUAUUACCUACUUGAUCCUCGCCUGCUGCUCUGGACCGAGGAGGUACUUCCCAUGGAACCUGAUCCUCCUGAGCAUAUUUACCCUGUCCAUGGCCUAUCUGACUGGGAUGCUUUCCAGCUACUACAACACCAAGUCCGUCCUUCUCUGCCUGGGAAUCACGGCCCUAGUAUGCCUCUCUGUCACCAUAUUCAGUUUCCAGACCAAGUAUGACUUCACCUCUUGCCAGGGCGUGCUCUUUGUGAUGCUGAUGGUGCUGUUGUUUAGUGGGAUCAUCCUGGCCAUCAUGCUUCCUUUCAAAUAUGUGCCGUGGCUCCAGGCUAUUUAUGCUGUGCUGGGUGCAAUCGUAUUUACUAUGUUCCUGGCCUUUGACACGCAGCUCUUGAUGGGGAAUCGCCGCUAUGCUAUGAGCCCAGAAGAAUACAUCUUUGGAGCCCUCAACAUCUACCUGGACAUCAUCUACGUAUUCUCGUUUCUCCUGCAGAUUUUUGGGUCCAGCCGAGACUGAGCUUGGCAACACCUCUAGGUCCCUUGCCUGAUCAAACAACAGAUUAUAUCCAUAUCUAUAAUAAUACAACAGCAACAACAAAGAAAGGAGAGAGGGGGAAUUCACUCACCUCUCUGGCCCUUUAGCAAGUUCCAUUCCAUCAGGUGGGCACUGACCCACUCUACGGCUUUCUUGAGCUCCUUCUGCAGCCUGUACAUAUAUAUGCUGUUAAAUCUUUUGUGACUCAAAAAGCAAAAUGGGGCGAACAUGCUAGGCCUUCCCUCGCUUCCACAAGGGCCUUCUGUCUGUGAAUUGAACCUAGAGUAGUAGCACUAGAACAACUGGGAGGGGGUGGAAAUGCCCUUUUUUGUGGAUCCUGCUGUUGCAUUCGAACUAGAGCUGAAACAAAUGUGAAGUGGGUGGGGGAUUAAUCAGAACUGUCCUACCCAGGUUGUCACAAAGUGACCAAUUUGUGAAAAUCCACAGAACAAAUUUUGAGAUUUGUGUGGUGUUAAUGUGAAUUGUAAACCUCAGCACCCUUCUAGCUCAAUUCAAAGCCAGCCUGUUUGUUUUCUAACUUAUACCCGCUUUUCUUUCUCAGAGCAGCUGAGGUAGGGUUCCAAGUGGUCUCCCAUCCAAGCAGCUUCCAUGGUCCCACCUACUUAGCUUCAGUGGUAGAACUUAGUUCGGUCGCAUGUGCCCUCACGCUUACUUGGCAGUUUGAGCACAAACAAUGAGACCAUUUUGCCUGGCUUUGUGUUUUGCUUGCUUGUUUAAAACUGAGGACAUCUGGCCGAUGUCAGUUCUUUUGCACAUUUUUGUUCCAGCUCUGAUUCUAGCCCAGCAAGAGAAGGAGGGGAAGGUGAACACACAAAAAAUGGUCACUAGUCCUUCUCAACGAAGCAUGAUGCUGGAGCAAUGGUUUUGCCCCAACCACUGAUGCAGAGCAAACAUUUGCUUGUCUACCACCGGGUUCCUGGAUCUGAGAUCAUUCCUUUUGUCAUCACUUAGAACCGCUGUGCAUGUUACUUUAAAGACACUAUUUUCUUUUCUAUUUUACUUAAGAGUAAGUGCAAGGCCCCUGACAUGGAUCAGAAACCUAGCUUUGAGGAUAAGGGAACUUUAAUCCACCUCCCUCCGCCCUAGUGGUCCCAAUCUAGAAUGGG